AUGAACAAGCCGGCUGGCUACCACGCCGUCAAGGGACCGGCUAAAAGACUGUCGGCGCAAGUAACGGCAGCUUCGCGACUUUUGGAGCUCCCAAAGGAACAGAUCAAGAUUAUCGUGUGCUCCAAGGGAGGCCUCGACUUAUGCAAAGCCGACGUAGUACUGUUCCCUCAAGCCCUGACCAUGGCGGAGGCUCUGCCGGAGCAGCAAGCGAAGGAAGACACCGUGUGCACAAAUAAGGCCGCCACGUCAUCUCCCUUGAUGACACAGUCUCCCCGCACGCCCUCCACGUCUAUGGUGGGCCACUUGCGGCGAAAUGUGCAGACUCGGCACCUGGCGUUCCUGGUGGCGCUCAUCCUCAGUGCGAGCUUUCUCACACUGAUGCUGGUCUGGACACUCCGAAAGAGCCAGGACGACAAGGGACACGUGCUCGCGGUCGGUCAGUUUGGCACGUAUUAUGGCACCAGGUCUACAGUGUCCGGCGUAGCUGUGGGUGCUUUCCUGGGCGUGCCGUACGCCGACCCUCGCACUCUGCGCUUCGGAGCACCCGUGCCUUGGUAUCGCGAUCAGGAGGUGUUUGACAACACAGCAGCAGCACCGAGUUGCGCACAGGCGUCGCCAAGCCUUGACGAGAUGAAUGCGAGCACAUCGGAGGACUGCCUGCACUUGAACAUCUGGGCUCCAGCCUGUGGCCUCCACCCGUGCAGUGGCAACAGGACGGUCGUCGUCUUCAUUCACGGUGGCUUUUUCCAGACGGGCAGCAACAACGAUCCUCACUAUGACGGCCGUGCGCUGGCCGCCUUAGGUGACGUCGUCGUCGUAGUGCCCAACUGGCGGCUGGGCGUGCUGGGCUUCCUUAGCCUGGCGCGCAGCGAUGACGUGCCCAUCAACGUCGGCCUGCUGGACCAGGCCGAGGUACUGCGCUGGACGGCCAGAAAUGUGGACGCCUUUGGUGGCAACAAGUCCGACCUGGUGGUCGUCGGCCACGGGUCCGGGGCCUCUGCUCUCACUUACCACCUGAUGUUGGGCCAGGGUCUGAGUGACGUCGCUCCGAUCCUCAAGGUCGUUCUCAUGAGCGAGAGCCCAAUGACCAGGUAUCCGGUGCCCAACCGAGGCCAGGAAAGCGGUCACAGCGAGUACUCGAACGCACCGGUGCGACGUUUGUGCGAGGAGGCAGAGCAGAUUAAGUCAAGCUUGCUGAGCUGCCUGCGCAAGCUCCCAGUGGAGGAACUGCUACGAAGACAGCGUGGAGAUUCGCGAGAGUUGCCCCAGUUCUUUCCCAUGCUGCCGGUGAUGUGGCCGACCAGGUUGUGGAAAGAGCUCAAGGUUAGCACAGUACGCUUCGUGAGUGUCACGGUGGAAGACGCGGCAUUUGGAAGAUGCAGACUUCUUGAGGAAAUAUAUAGAGAGAUAGCACGAAGGCUUCGAACCAUACCCGAAGCCCUAUUUUAGCUAGAACUGUACGCUAAUAUUUGUAUGUGCAAGUAUUCUAUGUAUACAAGCGCUUUGCGCGGCAAUAAACGA